CUGUUGAGAGCGGGAGUGUUGUAUGCCGAGCGUUCGCUUUGUUUAGAGAUGCGUUUCUAUUUACAAAAUAUAUGUUUUAUAUACUCGUACAUACAUACAUGCAUAUGUACAUGUAUAUUCAUUUAAAGCCGUAUACAAAUUUUAAAGAGUGCAAGUGAUUUUUGUAAAUUUUCAAUAUGAAAACGUUAAUCAAUUGAGAAGUGAAACAGUAUUUGUGUGAUUUCAAUUAAGCACAUUGCACUACCGAGCUCCUAUGCCCAUACUUACAUGCAUAUAUGCACACAUGUAUCUACAUAUAUUUACAUACAUAUGAUGUACAAAUGAACUCUUAAUUCGUGUUUGCUUUGCGCAGUUGCGUUCGAGUUUCACCAUUUUUGUGAAUUGAGAAGCAGUGUUUGUUUUAAAAUGUCACGGGGAGAGGAAGAGCAGGAAGUGCGUUCUCUGCUUCUUCGGCAUAAGGAACGCAUAAUGCUCGAUUUGUGCGAGACUGAUCUGUUGACGGUUCUGGUUAAGAACUCUGUCAUAUCACAGUCUGAAGAAGAUUUGGUGCUAAAAACAGCCAGUGCCCCAUCUAUCGUCGCAAUCACAAAACGAAAAAUUAGCGCCGCUAUUAGCAGUGGAAGCGGUAGUAGCAAUAAUACGGUUACUAGUUCUGGUGGUGUUGGCGAGGAAGGCUGCAACAGUACAAUCGGAUGUAGUAGUAAUAACUCCUGCAGCGCUAGUGUGAUUAAUGAAAACACCCAAAGUGAUAAUCGUUCGAUAACUCCAUCCCUGGUAAAUUGUAGUGGACCCGAUAGCAUCGAUUGUAAUAUCGACCAAAAGGAAACUAAUUGUAACAUCGGUUUUACAAAAGACGAUUUGAAAUUGAAUUUAAGGUCCUUUAAUGAUGCGGGCAUAUACCAAGAACAGUCGAUUAAUUUGAUAGAAAUCAUUACCAAGGGAGGAUUUUCUAAAUUCAAACAAUUCUGCUAUGCAAUCGACCACGAAUGCCCAAAACUAAUUGAGGAUUUGUUCAGUGACAAAGCGAGAUGUGAUGCGGCAAUCAAUAACAGCUCUCCAGUAGAUGAUAAGGACCAAAAUGAACUUGAAUCAAUCGAAUACUCCGACAAAGAAAGGGAAAAUGCCCGCAAUCGGCGUGCAGCCAGUUGUAGAGGUGCAGGCACUAAUAUUACCUCGUUUCCACGUGCUGCCCCCCCGUCGUAUCUCUUUGAUGAGAGAACCUCCCCCACCACCGCCCCCAAAGCCUAAGCAACAAACUGUACUUAAAAACAUUGCUUCCGAUUCACCAAUACCGAGCAAAUAUCCACAGUCGGACUGUAAUUUAAUUAAAAAAAUCGACUCAAGCAGCAC